UUUUUUUUUCAAAAAACUAAAUUCAUUUUGGCAUCAUUGCAAAAAUAAUUUCAAAAUAAACAUCGCCUCAUGCGAUUACAUUUUUGAUGUUUAUUAAAAAUUUCCCCUUGAAGCAAGUCUCCGCAAUCACAGCUGAUGAUAAUCAUUUUCAAUUCAAGUCGCACUGCGACGCAAGUUGAUUAUCAGCUUUACUGUCAUUAGCAACCGCUAUUCGCCCUUUCGUGUUUUCAACAGACUACACGGAUGUUCGCUACUUUUAACGGUUUUUCGUUCGCUCUUCUGUUUGUGCACAAUUAAAGGCAGUAAAUAUAAAGCUUUAAGGAAUUAAGUUUGUAACGAUAACAAUUUUUCAAUCUUAUUUUUGUUGAGAAGUAAUUUUGAAUAAAUUUCCGUAAACUGAAAGCAGUGUUAUCAGUGUAUACAUACAUAUUUGAACCAUUCGUUACUAUAACGGUUAUUAGAUCUUCGAAAUCAUGAAAGAGCGAAGCGAAUCUCAAGUUCUUUAUAAUUCAACUCACAAAGUUGAAAUUGUGUCUAAUAGCACUCCACAGCUUGAGAAACAGCCAUGGGGAAAAUUGUUGACUCUUGUUGGAUAUGCAGCAACCUUGGGAUCUGCCGUACCAGUUGGUUAUUGCAUUGGAGACAUAAAUAGUCCUGCUUCGUACAUGAGAGCUUGGUGCAAUGAAACACUUAUCGAACGUUAUGAUUAUCACAUCACAUCUGGUGGAUUGGAUAUUCUUUGGUCGACGAUAGUUUCAAUUUUUUUGGUAGGCGGAGCUAUUGGCUCAUUAGGAGGUGCAGGAGCUGCUGAUAGAUUUGGAAGGAAGGGAUGCUUUCUUAUCAGUGGAUUACUUUUCGUUGUAGGAGCGUUACUCUUCAUCUUUUGCCGACUGGCUCGUUCCGUUGAAAUGCUUUUGCUUGGUCGAUUUUUCGUUGGCUUAGCAUCUGGCCUCACAACAGCUUCCUUGCCGAUGUACCUGACCGAAUGUGCUCCACUGGCACUUCGAGGCACUCUGGGUGUAAUGUGUGCAGUCGGAAUUAAUGCUGGUGUUGUGGUAGGACAAUUGUUUAGUUUGCGUUACAUUUUCGGAACAGCCGAUCACUGGCACUAUGGCUUGAGUUCCUACCUUGUUCUAAUUAUAAUUUGUUACUUGCCUUCCUACUACUUCCCCGAGAGUCCAAAAUGGUUGUAUAUUGUUAAGAAGGAUCGUGAAAGCGCUAAAAGAGAACUUCGUCGUCUGAGAGGUGCCAAUCGGAUGACACAGAUUCAGAGGGAAAUCGAUGAUAUGGAAGCUGAGGCGAGUGCUCAAAUGCAAACUAGCUCGUUUUGUGCAGUCUUGAGUGAUUCCAGUCUAACUUUACCGUUGAUCAUAGUUUGUUGCUUCCAUGGGGGUCAACAAUUGUCUGGCAUAAAUGCGAUCUUCUACUACUCUGUUUCGAUUUUUGAAAGAGCUGGACUCUCAACAACCAAUGCUGAGUGGGCAAAUGUUGGAGCUGGUUUUCUUAAUCUUGUAACAUCAUUCUUGGGUCCUUAUCUUAUGGCAAAUGUCAAUCGCCGUCCAAUUAUGCAGUUCUCGUGUUUUGUGUGUUCGAUGUUUCUCUUGGCAUUCGCUUUCAUUCUUCAUUUCAUUGAUUCUGCCAAUUGGUUUGCAAUCGCAUGCAUCGUUUGCAUCUUUUGUUAUAUUUUCUUCUAUCAAUUUGGCCUUGGUCCAAUUCCGUAUUUCAUUGGAUCUGAAAUCUUUGAAGUCGCACCUCGACCUAUUGGUAUGGCAAUGGGAUCACUCGCAUCUUGGUCGUGUAAUUUCAUCAUUGGAAUGGCAUUUCCAACAUUACAAAAUGCCUGGGGAGCAUUUGUAUUCAUUCCAUUUUCUAUCACAUGCAUAGUUUUGUUCCUUUUAACAAGAUUCUAUCUACCAGAGACUCGGGGACGUGAUCCGUCGGAAGUUGCACCACUUAUUUCCAAAGGAUUCCGUUCAAAAGUUCGAUAGGACGAACAAAAUAAAAAAAAUGCCAUUUGGGCUGAUAUCUCAUCACAUACUGUUAUCUAUAUUAUGUCUUUAAGCUCAAAAAUACUUAACUUAAAAUGUAUAAUAUUGAACAUUUUGUAAUUACUUGUUUAUUUUAAUUGUUCCCAAUAAUAAUCUCAUACUGAGCUGUAAUAACUAUGAUAAUGAAGAUUGUAUUACAACCAUUGUUGAAUUGAAAAUUACUUAUUUAUUGUUUAAAAAUAAAAAUGUCAAAUACAUAAAUACUUAAUUUAAA